UUGAGAUAGAACACAUCUCUAACUCAUCAUGGUUCCUAUCCAAUCAUUUGCCACCAGUGUCGCUCGGCAUCCUCACUAUAGUCUUUGAUCUUUCGAGGAACAACAUGACUUCUCAUCUACAUCACCGAGUCAUUGUCAAUGCUAAUUGGAAGUGUCUCAAUCCAUUGAACUGUGGUUACAUAACGUCUCAGGAAUCAUCUCUCCCAAGGAUGCUGCACCAUGGAUGGAGGCAUGGGAACCCUGACCCACCAUUCUCAAGAUUCAAUAUCAUCUGAUGGAAGAGGAGGAGCCAACUGGGACCUUAUAAGAAGAGUCCCUCUCCCCGAGAUCUUUCAUCCACUGGUUCUAACCUCCCCUCAGGUAUCUUCUCAACAAGGUAAGCCAACUUCUAUAGACCCUCAUAUCUAAGUUUAGUAUCUAUCUUUUUGAGUAAAUUUGCUAAUAAAUUCAUUUUUGUUCCAUAUGUCUAUGGUCCAUUAGAAGGGAGGUCUAGCAGGGUUCUUCUUCCCAACUUGGCACAAUAUCUGUAUCUACUGAUUGCAACCAUUUCUUUAUGGCAGUGGUUCCCAACCUUUGGGCCUCAAGGUGUUUUGGACUCAACUCCCAGUAAUCCCAGCCAGCUUAUCAACUGUUAGGAACUGUGGGAGCUGAAGUUCAAAACACUGGGAGGCCCAAAGGUUGGGAUCCACUGCUUUAUGGUUUGGGACAAUGUAGUAGAUAGUAGUCAAUACUAUUCAUGGAGUAGUGUUGGUCCAAAGGCCACCAUCCUACAUAGCAUUGGGUAGACCAUGUGGCUCCACGGCCACAAACUUAGUGUCUGAUGUGGUGGACCAGCAAGUUUCUUUUUCCCAACUUGGCAUCAUCUUUAUGCCAUUGAUCUGCACCAGCAGAAGAGUGAUAGUGCCUCAUCAAACUACAACUCCUAGGAUUCCAUAAGCAUUGAGUCAAGGUAGCUAAGGUGAAGGCAAACGGCAUUAAUUCAGUAAUGUGGAUGUACAACUGAGUCACAACCAUGAGGUUGAGUCCUUUAUAUCUGGUCAUCCUUACAAAUGAGUGAAUGCUUCAGAAGCAAAAUAUGUGUCUUCUCAUUAGGUGGUGCAUAACUGGUGGAUCAAUAAAUUUAUUUAUUUAUUAUUAUUUACAGUAUUUAUAUUCCGCCCUUCUUUCUCACCCCGAAGGGGACUCAGGGCGGAUUACAAUGAACACAUAUAUGGCAAACAUUCAAUGCCAACAGACAAACAACAUUCAGUUUUAGACAGACACAGAGGCAUUUUAACAUCUUUUCCAGGUUCACGAUUCCGGCCACAGGGGGAGCUGUUGCUUCACCGUCCAUUGGUGGCUGUUCUUCCUCAUUCUUUUCCUCGUGAGCAGUUUUAUGGUGUUGUAGAUUUGUUAAAUUAGCCUCCCGCAUAAAGCGUACCUAAAUUUUCCCUACUUGACAGAUGCAACUGUCUUUCGGGGCUGCUAGGUCAACAACAAGCUGGGGCUAUUUUUUUUUUAUUUAAUGGUCGGAGGCUUAACCCGACCCGGGCUUCGAACUCAUGACCUCUCGGUCAGCAGUGAUUUAUAGCCGCUGGUUACUGGCCAGCUGCGCCACAGCCCAGCAAGACAGCAAGUUCUAUGAAUUUUCUUUCCACCCUUAUAUUGUUGGUGUGCUUUUGCUCCCCUCUCUUUUCAGAGUCUGCCACCAUGUGUGAAAGUAGGAUUUACGCAGCUGGGAGAGAGCCCUACUUCAACCUGAACUCAACCUGGUAUGACCCCGCCGGUUCUUGGUUGGACACCCGCCGUAAGCCCUUCCAUUACACCGUCAAUACCUCCUGCGUGCCCUGCUGUAACAAAAACAACAAUUGUGACGUCCCACGAAGAGGAGGUCACAAUUACCGGUGCUACAGCUACCGCCAGUCCACAUGUACCCCCGAAUGUAACCCGAGACUCCCAUGUGGGUUUCGAAACCCAUCAGGAGGAUCCCGCGAUUACUGGGGGAGACCCAUCGGCGAUUCCUGUGACGGGCGGACCGGGGGAUACUACAGCAAUGAGGAGUCCGUCAAUGGAUCGUGCUGUAGAGCAUCAGGAGGGUGCGGCAGUGGAGGAGGGGCAUGUGCCAAACCAUCUUCUUCAAUUGGAGGAUGUGGCGGUGGAGUAUGCGCUGAGCCAGGUUGUCAGUCUUCUGGAAGAUGUGGAGGACGUAGAAGAGGAUUGUGCUCCGAGCCAGGUUGUGGCCUCUUUAGAAGAAGGCGAUCGGUUUGUUCCGAAACUUGCAGCAGAUCUUCCAGAGGAUGUGGGUCAGGAGGAUGUGCUGGACCACAGAUCUCAUUUUCAGGCGGUUGCGGAGGAAGAGGAUUAUGCUCCGAACCAGGUUGUGGCAUCGCAAGGAGAAGACAAUCAGUGUGUUCCGAAACUUAUAGCAGAUCUUCCAGAGGAUGUCAACCCUACGCGAGAGGAGCAUGCGUUGGGCCACAGAGUUCAGUUUCAGGUGGAUGCGGAGCAAGAGGAGUAUGUUCCGAACCCUAAGCAAGGUCUUCAAUAGUAUGUGGAUGAAGACUGGUCCAUUCCAAGCCACUGAUCCAUUCUGGAUCGUGCCAUCUCUGUACAACAACCAACUCCUUUAUAGUCAUCUGGUGCAUUUAUUCCUCAUUCAUGAAGGUUGGCAGGUGCUCCAUAUGAGUUAAAAUUUGACCCUAUUUAUUUGAAUAUUCGUUAUUUUAUAUACUUCUUUGCAUAAAGAUAGAAUCCCUAAAUGGUUUGCUAUCAAAAUAAUUUAAAAAUAAUUUAAAAUUGAUUAGGAAAUCAUUGUCUCUCCUGGUCCAUAAUUGUUGAUACCCUCAUUAUUCAGAUUUUAAGAAGUGUGAACAAUCCUUAAUCGUCCAAAUAUGAACCAACUUUAUUUAUUUGUUUAUUUAUUUAUUUAUGACAUUUAUAACCCGCACUUCCCACCCCGAAGGGGACUCAGGGCGGCUUACAAGUUAUAUGUAUAUACAAUAUAUUAUAUUAUUAGCAUAGUACAAUGUAAGUAUUAUAUAUUACUACAUUGUACUAUACCACUAUAUUCCAAUAUUAUUCGUAAUAUUAUAU